ACUAACUCGCGUAAAAACAAAAACAAACGCAGAAUUAAACAAAGGAAAAACGGCUUAAAUUAAUCAAAAUUACCCCCCUCCAAAUGAGAUGAGCUCCUGGCGGGAGAGUCUGACCAGCAUCCCUGGCACAGUGGCUCAAUUUAUAAACGAAAACGCCUCCAAUUAUUUGUCAGCAAGUGUCACGCCCACAACCAGCAGCAACAGCUCGACGGGAACAGCUGGCGGCGCCGAUGGCUCCGAAGAGAAUCCCUCCCUUGGUGGGGAUCACAAGUCCCUGCCCAUACCCUUGUCCCUGGUGAAGGAGCAAUGGCGAUUGAUCUUCACAUCCGAUGCCAAUAUUCAGGAUCUACAGGCGGCCAUUGCCCAUUGCCGAGAUUUGGUUCUCCUCAGCGAAGAAUGCAGCGAGGAACGUCGCUGGCUAGUGCGUCAUUUGGUCGAUUUGCGGUACUCGCUGAAAGAACUGGAGGAAGCCACCGAUGCAGAGGAUGUGGUCCUCAUGAAUGCCAUCAAAUCGGUGGUUGGUCAUCACUUUGUGCCCCAUCAUCCGCAUCCGAACCGCCUAAAGGCGGCAGCCAAACGGAACUAUUGUGAUCACUGUUCCCGCAUCAUUUGGAGCGUUGUCCAGACAUCCUACAUCUGCAGCGAUUGCAACUACAUAGUGCAUCAGAAAUGCAUUGACAGUGUGAAGCGAGUGUGUGCCCAUGUCCUGGUCUCGGAGAGGAAACAACCCAUAUCCGAGAUCUGCCCGGAAAUCGGUCUAUCCGAGCAGAAUUACAAAUGCGCCGAAUGUGAGACUUCAAUGAAUUUCAAGAACACCUGGAUCGAGCCAAGACUAUGCGAUUACAAUGGUCUCUACUACUGCCCCUCGUGCCAUUGGGGUGACACCUUCUCGGUGCCCGCCCGCAUCAUACACAACUGGGAUUUCACCUCAAGGCGCAUUUGUCGUGCCUCACUCCAGGAGAUUCACUUGUUUCUAAACAAGCCUCUCAUACGACUCGAGGAGGAGAACCCCAAACUGUUUGUUUUCGUCGAGAAACUGUGCGCCGUCAAGAAACUGCGUCAAAAUCUUGUUCAUAUGCGCCAUUACCUGGCCGCCUGCAAGCAGGCGAUGGAUCAAAAACUCGUGGAUCAUCAAAUGGGCAGUCGGCGGCAUCUGUUGCAGUCGAAUGAGUUCUAUUCGCUGGGCGACUUGUUCCAAGUGGAGUCUGGUGCUCUGGCAGAGUUCUUGCAAUCUGUCUUCAAGGCGUUCAAUCAGCAUAUACGUUCGUGUCCCAUGUGCUUGGCCAAGGCUUACAUCUGUGAAAUCUGUAGUAACAACGAAGUGAUAUUCCCCUUUGACGAUGGCUGCAUCAAGUGUGAUCAAUGCAAUUCCAUUUACCAUCGAGUCUGUUUGACCCGCAAGAAUAUGAUAUGUCCCAAGUGUCGGAGGAUACAGGAGCGACGUAUACAAUUGGAGCGUGUCCUAAGUGUAGACGACGACGAAGACGAGAAGGAGGGGCAGGGGCAGGAAGGUGCUGUCGAGAAUGCCAUAGAAAUGAUGUGCAAGUGAAACCACCGUCGAAAUAGCCCAAAAUACACUUCUUGAUUGAGUUGGAGGAAAGUGCAAAUUUUUUGACUGUCCAACAGCAAUUGGCUCUUUGGAGGGGGGUAAAUGUGGCUUUCAAAAUUGUUAAAGUGAUUUUUCUACAUGUUUAACAUUUUAUUAUACAAUGUUUUAAUUAAAUAUAGAUCUAUAUGUAUAUACUUA